AACCAUCAUAAUCAUCAUCCACAGCAGCAAUCGUCAUCAUCAUCAUCAUCAUCAUCGGAUGUGAUAACAUCAACAAGGCCAAAACAAACGGCAAUUGGACAGAAUAUAACACGAAUAUUGAAUGCCUUUUUCGAUAGUGGUUAUGAUAAACGUGUACGUCCCAAUUAUGCUGGUCCACCAGUACAAGUUGGUGUUACAAUGCAUAUAAUCAGUAUCAGUUCAAUAUCGGCCGUACAGAUGGAUUUUACAUCAGAUUUUUAUUUUCGUCAAUCAUGGCGUGAUUCAAGACUUAGUUUUCAACCACAGCCCGGUAUACAGGCAUUAUAUGUUGGCGCUGAAGUGUCGGAAAAAAUUUGGGUACCCGAUACAUUUUUUGCUAAUGAAAAAGCCGCUCAAUUUCAUAUGGCUACAACGCCAAAUACAUUUAUCCGUAUCAAAUCCAAUGGUGAUGUGUUCCUUUCUAUGAGACUUACAGUAACUUCAAGUUGCCCAAUGAAUUUACAAUAUUUUCCAAUGGAUCGACAAAGCUGUACGAUCGAAGUGGAAAGUUAUGGCUAUUCAAUGGCCGAUAUACAAUAUAAAUGGGGCAUCGAUGGCCUAGGAUCAGAUGUUGUAUUGGCCAAAAAUUUAGAACUGCCACAAUUUAAAGUUUAUAAACAUUUACAAAGACGUAAAGUUGAAGUUCUUAGUACAGGAAAUUAUUCACGUUUAGUAUGUGAAAUUGAAUUCGUACGUUCAAUGGGAUAUUAUCUAAUACAGAUCUAUAUACCAGCAUCAUUGAUUGUCAUCAUUUCAUGGGUAUCAUUCUGGCUUCAUCGGAAUGCAAGUCCAGCUCGUGUACAAUUGGGCGUUACAACCGUAUUAACAAUGACAACAUUAAUGUCAUCGACAAAUGCAGCAAUGCCAAAAAUUUCUUACAUUAAAUCUAUUGAUGUAUUUUUGGGCACCUGUUUUGUAAUGGUAUUUGCCGCCUUAUUAGAAUAUGCAACCGUCGGUUAUAUGGGUAAACGUAUUGCUAUGCGUAAAUCACGUACACAACAAAUUGUACGUAUAUUGAAUGAACAUCGUGAAAAAUGUAUUGCAGCAGCUGCGGCCGCUGCACAUGAAGCUAAAGAUAUUGGUGUUGGCGGUGAUGGUGGUGGUGGUGGUGGUGAUGAUGAUGAUCCAGCUAAUGCCAUUACUAUUCGUCGUCAUGGUGCCCUUAUACGUACAGCCUCCCUUUAUCCGAAUAUGGAACAAUUGGAUGAAUUGGAAUCAUAUCAUAAACGGGGUAUACGACCACCACAUGGUUAUGGUGGCCGUCAUUCAUUUGAAAGAACAGCAUCAUUGAAAAGUCGUAUAUUCACCGAUAGUAAUGGUGGUGGUGAUGAUCCGGAAACUGGACCAAAUUUCAAUGAUGAUCUUAAUGUAUUUGUAGCUGCUAAUUCUGGUUCAAGCACAGCGGUUGGUGGUGGUUCAUCACCACCAUUCCAUACAUUAGAUCCACAUAUUUCCGCUGCACUUUAUCAUCAUGGUGAACGUAGUGCUACUGCUGGUGGUAGUACUCGUGUAGGUAGUAGUCGUCGUAGUUUUUCCGGCCUUUAUGAUACAAAUGGCCGUGAUAUGAGACAUUUAGCCGAACGUGCAUUUUUACCAUCAAGCUAUUAUCUUAAAAAUCAGAAUACAUUAUUCGGUGUUUGUCCAAGCGAUAUUGAUAAAUACUCACGUGUUGUGUUUCCUGUUUGUUUUCUUUGUUUUAAUCUAAUGUAUUGGAUCAUUUAUAUGCAUAUUAGUGAAUUUCUUAUUGAAGAUCAACAAUUAGAUGAUGGAACUUGAUAACAAAUAUGAUACAAACAAACAAAUAAACAUGAAAAAAAAUCGAUGAAAAAAAAACAACACAAGUCCAUUUACAAUUUUUUUUUUUUUUUUUGCUAAUACAUACAAACCAAUAUUAUUCCAACAUUCGACACUGAAUUCUGGUCAUUCAAAAAUCGAUAAACAAAAAUGGAUGUGCGAGAGCUGACCACUGAGUUGUAUUGUUGUCAUCAUGUAUAAUAAUAAUAAUAAUUUGUUACA